GGAGCAAUAAUGGCAGCCUCACCGUGGAUACUAGCAGUAUUGAAGACUCUGUUCAUGGUAUUGACGUGUAUAAUGGCAGCUGCGGUUGCUUACACAUUAAUCAUGGAUGGUGACUCCUCUUGUUUUGACCCAACCGCAUGGUGGACACAAGUGGUAGAGACAGAUUUUUUUGAAUUUAUGAUUCCUGUAGUGGCUUGGUUUUUCUACAAGGAGUCAAGCUGGAUCAAGAGACUUGUUCUUGUAUUUGUAAUGCUUUGGUGUGGAAGCGUUGUUACCUGUGGAUACAUUGCUUUGCAGUUCUUCAAAUUGUCACCUGAAGAAUCUUUAAAAGACCCAAUAUAUUUUGUUCUGUGUAAACAUCAGAACGAGGAUUCCAUGAGACACACGACACGAUCCCCUGUUGUAAUUGCAAAAGUAAUUGUUACUGCAAUGGGCUGCUACAUGCUGGGACUAAUAAUUUAUGCAUUUGCCGUUGAUGGAUUUCCAUUCUAUGUGGAACUACUCACACCGUGCAUGAUAACAUCGCUGAUUGAUGUCUCUAUCCACAUUGUGGUUUUCUCGGUGUGGAUAGCAUAUAAGGAAUCAAGCUGGACAAGUGCUGUUUUUUGGAUACUUCUACUCGUAUGUUUUAGCGGCAUUGGUAUCUGUGUAUACAUAGUGCGGGAAUUGUUCUACCUCUCACCUGGGGAGCCUGUUUCCCUUAUAAUUUUCAAUAAAAGGAACAGUGAUACGAGGUCAAGUGAUCCUCUAUUGAUGGUGCAUUCGGAUGUAUAACUACACUUUGUAACAAUGUAAUUCUUUUUUUUUUAAUAGUGACAUCCUAGCUGGACCAAAGUGUAUGAUUGACACCUUAAUGUAUGAUUGACACCUUAAUGAAAUUAUGUUCCUGCUA